AAUUCCAAUAAGUCAUAUAACUGUCAUGAUUUUUUGUAUUUUUGUGAGGAUAUUCUCAUUUUGGAAAAAAGCUUUUUUUUUGGAAUUUUGUAGCUGCCAGAAUAUUUUCAUAUAUUUACCUUUUUUUCUGAGACACACAUUUUUGUGCUUUUCACAACAUGAGUGAGGAGAAUUCAGGAUCAAACACGAGUAUCGACAACUUGAAACCGAAGGAAGUUUAUGUUGGGGAAGAAACAGACAGUGAAGAAUCCACUGGGUCUAGUGGCUCUACAGAUGAUGAGGUUGAAACACAAAGACCAAAUUUUGAAUGCCCUCCAGAGUACUGGCACAUACAGAAACUGAUGAAAUAUUUGAAAACAGGAAAUCAAACAGCUACAGUAGUGGCAUUAUGCUGUUUGAAAGAUCACGACUUAUCAGAAGAAGUCAAUCAGUUUGCCAUUCAGGACAUGGGAGGUCUAGAAGUCCUGAUUAAUCUCCUGGAGACGCAAGACAUAAAGGCCAUAAAGCUAGGGGCUCUCAGCAUCCUCUCAGAUCUCUCCCAAAGUGAAAACUUGAGGAGGGCAAUCGUUGAUCUUGGCGGAGUACCACAACUAGUAAAGAACCUGGUAGAUCCAGCUGGAGAUGUCCGCAUCCUGAUAGGACAAACUCUCUUUCAUCUGGCGAGACUGAAGAAAGCAAGGAAAGAUCUACGUCAUUGGGGUGGUAUACCUCUUCUGGUAGAUCAGUUGGACGUUCCGGAUAAACUCCUACAAACGAAUAAAACCGAUUUGAAUCCUGACGACCUGGAGAUUCUGUUGAUAGCCGAGUCGGCUGCUAAAGGCUUAUGGUCUGCUUCGAAGAGCAAGAAGAACAUGAUGGUCAUGAUGAACACUGGAAGUGUACCACUUUUGGCCAAACUCAUAGCAUCAGUACAUAUGGAUGUCAUCAAGGCGGCUAUGGGCACAUUAUCACAGUGUGUAAUUGAGCCAGGUUUCCAGUUGGCUGUGCAGACUGAGGGUAUGGUGAAGAACAUAGUGAAGCUUCUAGUCAAUGAGGAUGAUAUCGAAUUGAAGACUUAUUGCUGUGAUACCAUAUUCCAUUGUGGUGAAGAUCCAAUCACUAGAGACAUGGUACGUGAGGCAGGUGGCUUGGAUAUCUUGGUGAAGACAAUCAACGACCCUAAUAAUAAGAAAAUCAAGACGCUUAUGGCCGCUGCAACUGGAGCUGUUUGGAAAACAGCAAAGUCUCCUGAGAACGUAGAGCGUUUCAACGCCCUUAGAGCAGUUGAGAUUCUGACCAAACUUCUUGAGGAUGUGGACGAAGACGAACGUGUCCUAUCGAACGUAGUAGGUGCCCUAGGAGAAUUCGUUAAGAUUCCGAAAAACAGGGAUAUAGUUCGAAGAACUGGAGGAAUUCCACUUAUGAUCAAUUUGCUGAAUUACACUUAUCGUCCUCUGCUAGAAAACCUAGCCAUGGUGUUGAAGGAAUGCGCCGAAGAUGAGGAUUCCAUGGCUGUUAUAGAGGACAACGAUGGUGUCAGACUUAUCUGGUCCCUCCUGAAGAAUCCGGCGGAAAGUGUUCAGUCAAACGCUGCCUGGUGUUUGGUACCUUGCAUAAGAAACGUCCCAAAUUCAGGCGAGAUGGUGAGGAGUUUCGUUGGUGGCUUAGAGCUGAUGGUUAGACUGUUGGAAUCCGACAGUCCUGAGGUACUAUCAUGCGUAUGCGCAGCCAUAGCUGAAAUAGCUCAGGACAUAGAGAACUUGGCCGUCAUAUCCGACCAUGGAGUGGUGCCUUUAUUGGUUGAUUUGGUGAAAACUGCAAAUCCCAUGUUGAGACAGCACUUAGCUGCAGCUAUAAGUAGAUGCUGCGCCUGGGGCAUCAACUGCAAACUCUUUGGAAGGUUAGGAGCCAUAACACCUCUGGUGAGUUUCAUGGCAGAAGGGAGUCCAGAGGUUCAACGUACUACAGCCAUGGCUCUGCAUGCCUUGUCAGAGAACCAGUUCAACUGCAUAACCAUGCACGAGAGCGGUGUCGUUAAGUUUUUGCUGAAGGCUGUGGGUUCCAAGGACCAUAUUUUACAAGAAGCAGCUGCUGGUUGUCUGUCUAACAUAAGGAAACUGGCUCUGGAUGCGGAAACUAAACAUCUGAUCAAGAAAAAGGAGAUAGAAUCCGAUGAAGAGAAUUGAGAUCAUCAAAACGAAGUUGAAUGUAUAAUAUUAAGACUAUUAAAAGAAAUCAAGGUA